UGUCCCAUUUCAACAGGAAACAGAGAAAUGCUCAUUCUUUAAGAUCACCACCAUCACCGACUCCUCUCUAAAAUUCCCUUCAUCAAAAUCCUCCCAAUUUCACCAUUUCAUUCUUCCCAUAAAAUGAAUUCCCCAAGGAUGAGUAGUUGGCUCAACAAAUUUGGUUUCGGUGCGAGAACUGAAUCUUCCAUAGAUUCAUCUUCUUCUGAAAUUCUUCAAGGACCCGAUCAUGAUGUACCCGACCCGGGACAACAGUUUGCUCAAUUCGGAGCAGGUUGCUUUUGGGGCGUUGAAUUGGCGUAUCAAAGAGUCGCCGGGGUUACAAAGACUGAAGCUGGGUACUCACAGGGUUUUGUGCAUAAUCCCAGAUAUGAAGAUGUGUGUUCUGGUACUAGUAAUCAUUCUGAGGUUGUUAGAGUUCAGUAUGAUCCUAACGAAUGUAGCUAUGAAUCAUUGCUUGAUGUUUUCUGGGCUCGUCAUGACCCUACCACCCUCAAUCGCCAGGGGAAUGAUGUGGGCACUCAGUACAGGUCUGGAAUUUACUUCUACACACCUGAGCAAGAGAAGGCAGCACUUGAAUCCCAGGACAGACAGCAAAAGAUUUUGAACAGGAAGAUUAUUACUGAGAUUUUGCCUGCCAAGAAAUUUUAUCGAGCUGAGGAAGAUCACCAGCAGUACCUUGCAAAGGGGGGUCGGUUUGGCUCAAAGCAGUCUGCUGGUAAAGGCUGCAAUGAUCCUAUCCGUUGCUAUGGUUGAGACCUUUCCAUUUGCAGGAUAAAAAUAACGUUAGUUGUGUCUAUUCUCCUAAGGUAUGGUUGUUAUAGGCUUUAAAUGUACUUCUGCAGUGAUGUAUCUAGUCUACCCUCUUACACUUAUUCUGGAAAAUCCAAUGUUUGUAGCUUAACCAUAGAUUUGUAAUGUAUAUAUGGUUGCAGAUUUGUGCCGUAUCUUGUUCGUAUAUGUAUAUUGAUGAUGCUCUCUGGCCAUAAAUUGGGAUAGUGCCUGUCAAUCAGUUGUGUUGAAUUUGAGUUAUGAAAGUCAAUGUCGGGCCUAAUUAAUCUGUAGGAGUUAUUAAUGAAGUGAUGUUGCUAUUGAUUUUAA